CAUUGCGUGUACUCUGCCUGCUCUAUAUAUAUUUAUUUAUUUAUUUCAAUCAAUUGCGUUUUCAUUAAUCAAAAUUCAAAACCCACUUGGCAUCGAUGCUUUGCUUCUUCUCUCUUUCUUUGGGUGCUUAAUCGUGGAAACUUACAGAUGAGAUGAGUGAACAAGCUGUCUCUUUGCAAGCAAAACAUUUGUGUAGUCUGAGCUGAUCAGCCGGAAAGGAGAGAUUUUUUUUUUUCUGUUUGGAAUCAAUUAGCUUGCUGAUGGGAGGUAAAAGCUCAAAAGGGUCAAGAGGGAGAGAUUAUUCUUCUUAUGGUUCAGCCAAUUCUUCAUCUUCAUGGAAUCAAUAUGGAUAUCCUCCAGCAUCAUCAUAUCCAUCUCCUCAACAUGAUCCCUAUUGGACACAACAACAUCACCAUGCACCUGCUCCCAAUCCAUCUUAUCCUUAUGAAUCACAAAUGCCCCCCCAACAACCACACAAGAGGUUGGACAGGAAAUACUCGAGAAUAGCUGAUAAUUACCAGACUUUGGAUCAGGUGACUGCUGCUCUUGCUCAAGCUGGCUUAGAGUCUUCUAAUCUCAUUGUUGGAAUUGACUUCACAAAAAGCAAUGAGUGGACAGGUGCAAGAUCAUUCAAUCGACGAAGCUUACAUGAUAUUAGAAAUGGUCAAAAUCCGUACGAACAAGCAAUAUCAAUUAUUGGCAGGACUAUGUCUGCAUUCGAUGAGGAUAACUUAAUUCCAUGUUUUGGAUUUGGAGAUGCAUCUACACAUGAUCAAGAUGUCUUUAGUUUCUUUCCUGAAGAGAGAUUCUGUAAUGGAUUUGAGGAAGUGCUGACACGAUACAAAGAAAUUGUUCCUAACCUUCGGCUCGCUGGACCGACAUCUUUUGCACCUGUUAUUGAAAUGGCCAUUACUAUUGUUGAGCAAGGUGGUGGGCAAUACCAUGUUUUGCUGAUAAUUGCUGAUGGACAGGUGACUAGAAGUGUUGACACAAAUCAUGGCCAGCUCAGUCCACAAGAGAGAAGGACAAUCGAUGCAAUUGUAAAGGCAAGUGAAUACCCUCUAUCGAUCAUUUUAGUUGGAGUCGGUGAUGGACCUUGGGAGAUGAUGAGGGAGUUUGAUGACAACAUCCCUGCUCGAGCCUUUGACAAUUUCCAGUUUGUGAAUUUUACAGAAAUAAUGUCCAAAAAUGUGAGUCAGUCCAGAAAAGAGGCAGAAUUUGCUCUUGCAGCAUUGAUGGAAAUACCUUCUCAAUACAAAGCAACUAUUGAGCUUGGCUUAUUGGGCAAUCACCACAGAGGGAAUGCACCAGAGAGGGUUCCUUUGCCCCCACCACUUUACGGUCAAACUUCUUCAAGCAAAUCGAAAGCUUCCCGUUCAAGCAGCUUCCAGCAGCGUGUACCUUCUUACUCUGCAUAUGAUACACCAGUUAGUGGAUAUGAAACAACAGCAAAGAGGGCUUCAUCUUCAUAUGAUACACCAGUUAGUGGAUAUGAAACAAAAGCAGAGAGGGCCUCAUCUUCAUAUGAUACACCAGUUAGUGGAUAUGAAACAACAGCAGAGAGGGCUUCAUCUUCUAGCUCUGUGUAUGAUAAUCAGGUUUGCCCCAUUUGUCUCACUAAUCCAAAGAACAUGGCCUUCGGUUGUGGGCAUCAGACUUGUUGUGAUUGUGGAGAAGACCUCCAAGUGUGCCCCAUAUGUCGAGGCCCAAUACAGGCUAGAAUCAGGCUCUAUUAGUAAAUCUCAAUGCGUUCUCUGAGAUCAUCUCUGCUCCCUGCAUGUUUGGUUCGGUGGGAGCUGAAUCAAAUGCUCAUUAUUCUGAAUAGCCAUUCAACAGUGUUUCUUCGGAAAGCAGGGAAAAGAAAUGGUUUAUAAAUAACCUUCAAGAACCAGUUUUAAGAUUGUGCAGAGUUGAUUUGUUUCUUGGUGGAUGUAUUUUUCGGCGAGGACAAACGGGAAACUAGUUAGAUUUAUGCAAUCUUGUAUAGAUCAUGGCUGAGUACUCUGCCCAAGACGUGUGUUUCAUAAGUUGGUUUUGCAAAAAGGAGUUAAUGAACUACACUUGGAUUAGGAUGAGAUAGGUUUUUCUUAGCUGUUGAUGAACAAAAACUAAAAUCCAUUUUUUUUAAUAUGUAUAUAUUUGUGGUGUUAUUUCUGUUUUUGGACAA